AGCCUAUAACAGGAAAUGCCUCCUUCCGAAGAUACACAUUCCCUGACUCCUGACUCCUGAGCCGAGGACCCAGACAAGAGGGGGCGCCACAUUGCUGAGCGCUGCAUUGGCACCAUAGCAACCAUGGCGUCUUUCCCCCGAGCCAGUCAUGUGACAAUCCUCUGCCAGCUUGUCUUCAUUGCUGCCUGCAUCUUGGCUUCGUGCGUAGAGGGCGUCGAUUCCUCGUCGGUGGUGGAUGUCUUUCGGAUGGUCCAGUAUGACCUGGGGGGAAAGCCGCUGGGGUCUAGAAAAGCGGGUUUGAACCAGCAUGUCAGCUCAGGGUUGGCGCUGCCAGGUGCAGAUAUUGCUCGGGCUACGAUCGUGAUGCCAGUGGGGAGCAUCAAUGAGACCCUCUUCAAUGAGGUGUUGCAAAAAAGAAUACACGUUGGGAGCCUGCUCUUCCUGUUACCACGAAAUUAUGGCGCCCAAGACGACGAGGAAGGUGCGAAGGAUGCACACAAUCUGGCGGCGCUUGAGCAGAAGCUGAUCCAGGCCAACCUGGGGGUGCCAGUGUAUUUUGCGUAUAAAAACGAGGUUUUUGCUGACAUCCUGAGCGAGCUCAAAGCAAAUGACGAGGCUGGAGUCCCUGCGAGCGCAACCAGCGGUGGUUAUCGGUUGGUGGUGAAGACGCCGGAAGGAAGGAAGCUUCCGGCGCCAACGCUGGUCAACAUUCAGGGCUGGCUUCGAGGCGCCCUCCCGUCAAACUCUCAGCCUUCUGCCAUUCAAACCAUUGCUAUCGUGGCCUCGUACGACACAUUCGGGGCAGCCCCGGGCCUUUCGUUCGGCGCCGGCAGCAUCGGCACUGCGGUGGUAGCCCUUCUGGAGCUCGCGCGGCUCUUUUCGAAAUUGUAUGCGAGCGGAGCUACGCACGGAGGGUACAACCUGCUGUUCCUGCUGACUGGAGGGGGACCGUACGAUUAUGACGGGACGAAGCAGUGGCUGUCGAGCCAGGACAACCGGCUGCUCGAGACGGUCGAGUUUGCGCUGUGCCUCGACGGUCUGGGCGCUUGGGGAGACGGCGGCCUGAAGCUCCACGUUUCUCGGCCCCCGAAGGAAGCUGCAAUCCAGGCACUUUAUAGCACGUUCACGGAGGUUGCGGAUGGGUUCGGGAUUCCGCUUGAGAUCGUGCAGAAGAAGGUUAACCUGGGAAACCCGCGGGUGUUCUGGGAGCACGAGCAGUUCUCCCGACGGCGCAUGGUGGCGGGCACGCUGUCCGGCCGCCCCGCGCCCCCCGAGUUCCUGGAGGACACCGGGGGCAUUGCUGACACGCGCGCUAGAGUAGACCCCGCUGCGGUAGCGAAAGCCGUCAAGUUCGUGGCAGAGAGCCUUGCUAGGCACAUUUACGGAUCAGGUAGCGUGGAGGUUUUUGCGGACAACACUAGCCUGGCCGUGAGCACGGAGUUCGUGGCGCACUGGCUGGGCCUGCUCGGGAGCACGCCCCGAGUGGCGGCGUUCCUGUCAAAAACGAGCCCCAUAGUCACGGCUCUCCAAAAGCAAUUGUCCGAGUACGUGGGGGAGGUCUCGUUUCACGCCGCCAAGCUCGAGAGUGACCUUGUCAUGUACGACGCUUCCACGGCAAAGAUGAACAUCCAUAAGGUGGCUAGCAUGACCUUCGACAUCUGGAUCCUGCUCGCCGUUGCUGCUUAUUUGGCUUCUUUGUACGCGAUCCUCCACAUCGCUACCAAGGGACUUGAUGAUUUCUUGGGGGUGUUUAGGAAACCUGUGAACAACAAGAAGUCAAAAGCGUUGUGACGCGGCAAGUAGGUAAAGCAAGAAAAGCUAGGUGCAAAGAAUCGUGAGCACACGGUGUUAUGACCGUUCCUGAGUUUUUCUCUUUGAGGAAGCAACGUUGAGCCGAAAAGCAAAGAAUAUUGAUUGCAACCUUUGUCGUUGCGUUUGACUUCUGAUGUCCAAGAUCUUUCCGGCUGCGGCUUUGACGGCACCUUAUUGAUGGUCCAUUGGAAGUGAUUGCUACAAACCCAUGAGCCACCCGGCCAGUGUGGCCGCCGACCGUGUUCCACACUACAUUGCUUUAAGUGGCAAGGCGCUUAAAGCAAUGAAAAUGGCGUCCCUAACCGGGAGGCCUUUUCUGGGUUAAGAGGAGGUUUUAGCGUUUACGGAGUUCUUGGUUGCUCGAGGUUAGGUAUUCGGUUCGGGGCCAGUUACUUGCACAUGCAGAAGUUUAGAUAAGGCGGUAUACGGUAUAGGCCUACCGGGAUAGGUAUGGCUACAAUAUUACGUAGCUUGCGUUUUGCCGGGUACAAGAAAGAUCAUCGCCCGGGGACUGAGUAGGUUAGGUUGGGGGUUUAAGUGGGUGAAAGUGUGGGGCACCUUGACAAGUCAACCAAGUCAAGGUCACGUGGUAAAUUGGUAAGGGUUUAACCAAUAGGAUCGCGAAUAAAAUAGCUUUACCGCGAAAUUGACAUGCCAAUACAGGGAGGCAACCAUUCUCUGUUGCAACGAAAUAUAGAUCAGACUUGAUUACUUUCAAUGGUGCUCAGCCAAGGCACUAGACCGAGCGGCACCAGGAGAGAUGCCCUUGCACAUCUUAAGGACUAUGCCAGGCUAGGGCGGCUG